GCUGUCGCCUCGGAUUGAAUUUCUGCUCGGAGGUUUUCCGGCUCCGGUCCGCAGAGCCGCUCUUUGCCUGGAAGUUUCCCAGCGCGGAGCUGCAUGGAGCGGCUCUAGGAGGAGCCGCAGCCCGGAGAGGAGGGACCAGUCCAGGCCGAACAGGAACCAGAACCACGGUCAAGGAAGCGCCGGGAAGCCGGACCUCGUCCUUCAGAGCUCUUCUCCUCCGGAUCCGAUGGCUGAAAUGUUGAAUCCUCCAGCCCUGCUCAGCAUGCCCCGCAGCCCCACCUCCAGCGAGGAUGAAAUGGCCCAGAGUUUUUCCGACUACUCUGACGACGGCGCCUCCGACAGUUCCCGGGAGGAAACCAUCUACGAGACGAUCAGAGCGACCGCCGAGCCGCCGCAGAACCACAUGGACGACAUCCAGUCCAACUCGCUGGUGAUCCGCGUCCUGAUCCCCGACCUGCAGCAGACGAAAUGCAUGCGGUUCAACCCGGACGCGACGGUCUGGAUCGCCAAACAGCGGAUCCUGUGUACGCUCAAUCAGACCCUGAAGGACGUCCUGAACUACGGACUCUUCCAGCCGGCGAGCGACGGGAGGGACGGCAAGUUCCUGGACGAAGAGCGCCUCCUCCGAGAAUACCCGCAGCCAAUCAGCAAGGGCGUUCCCUGCCUGGAGUUUCGCUACAAGAGCAGAGUCUACAGACAGCCCAACAUCGAUGAGAAGCAGAUUGCCAAACUUCAUACAAAGGCCAACCUGAGGAAGUUCAUGGACCUGGUUCAGCAGAACCAGGUGGACAAAGUGGGGAAGCUGUUGGAGCGAGGCCUCGACCCGAACUACCACGACGGGGAUUCUGGUGAGAGCCCUCUGACGGCGGCGGCCCAGCUGGACAGCGGCGUGGAGAUGAUCAAGGUCCUGAAGAACGGAGGAGCUCAUCUGGACUUCAGGGCCAAGGACGGCCUGACCGCCCUUCACAAAGCGGCGCGCGCCAAGAACCAGCUCAUCCUCAUGACGCUGCUGGAGCUGGGAGCGUCUCCAGACUACAAGGACAGCCGCGGCCUGACGCCGCUCUACCACAGCGUGGUGACGGGCGGAGACCCGGGCUGCUGCGAGCUGCUGCUCCGCCAACACGCCUCCGUCUGCUGCCAGGACGAGAACGGCUGGCACGAGGUCCACCAGGCCUGCCGCCACGGCCAUGUGCAGCAUCUGGAGCAUCUGCUGUUCUACGGAGCGUUGACGAGCGCCCAGAACGCCUCGGGGAACACCGCCCUGCACAUCUGCGCCCUCUACAACCAGGAUAACUGUGCCAGAGUGCUGCUGGUCCGUGGAGCCGACAAGGAAGUGAAGAACUACAACAGCCAGACUCCAUUCCAGGUGGCCAUUAUUGCAGGAAACUUUGAGCUCGCCGAACUCAUCAAGAACCACAAAGACUCUGAUAUAGUGCCUUUCCGUGAGGCCCCAGCGUACUCCAAGCGCCGGCGGGGUCCGUCCUCUGGCAGCGGAAACGGUCAGUCCCCGUCCUCGCUGUCGGCGCCCCGGGUCCUCCUGCGCUCCAACAGCGACAACAACCUUUCUGUGAGCCAGUACCAGCAGCAGCACGGUUCCCCUGGAAACUGGGCCCCACAUCUGCAGCAGCACCAGAGCCACCAGCACCGGGCCCCCCAGCAGGGCCACGCGCAGCCUGGCUCCUCAGCUUUGCACCGCAGCCUGUCCCCCCAGCUGGUCCAGCAGAUGCCCAGCGGCAGCCCCAAUGGCAACGUGGUGGUCCGCACUAUGGGGCGGGGGGCCAGGAGCCGCUCGCCCUCCCUCAGCCGGCUGGGCGAGGAGAGCCGGCGGGCCCAGACCGCGCAGCGCCAGCCCAGCCCCAGCGGUCACGGCGAGGCGCUCGGCCAGCUGUACAGCGCCGUUCCAGGCAGACACUUUGUGGUGGUUCGCUCUUACUCCGCCCAGGGAGGAGAGAUCAACCUCUACAAAGGCGACAGGGUCAAAGUUCUGAGCAUCGGAGAGGGAGGAUUCUGGGAGGGCAGCGCCCGCGGCCAGGUGGGCUGGUUUCCGGCCGACUGCGUGGAGGAAGUCCCGGCCAAGGCCACCGAGGAGAGGACCUAUUCCCGAGCGGACCGGACCGACAGACGGAAACUCUUCAGACAUUACACGGUGGGAUCGUAUGACAGCUUCGACGCCUCCAGUGACUGCGUGGUGGAUGAGAAGACGGUGGUGCUCCAGAAGAGAGAUGAGGGCUUCGGCUUCGUCCUGCGCGGGCCAAAGUCCCUUUGUGCUGCAGCCGACACGCCCAUCGAGGAGUUCACGCCCACUCCGGCCUUCCCGGCGCUGCAGUACCUGGAGUCGGUGGAUGAGGGCGGUGUGGCCUGGCAGGCGGGGCUCCGGACGGGCGACUUCCUCAUCGAGGUGAACCAGGAGAACGUGGUGAAGGUGGGCCACAGGCAGGUGGUCAACAUGAUCCGCCAGGGAGGAAACCGGCUUCUGAUCAAAGUGGUGACCGUGAGCCGGAACCUGGACCCGGAAGACACGGCGCGUAAAAAAGCUCCUCCGCCGCCGAAGCGAGCCCCCACCACCGCCCUGUCCAUGCGCUCCAAGUCCAUGACGUCAGAGCUGGAGGAACUCGUGGAUAAAGCCACGCUACGGAAGAAGAAAGGUGAUGCGCAGAAGAAGAGGAUUGUUUUCCAAGUGACUCUAAAUAAAGUGGAAGAGAUGACGCACGCCCAGAAGAGCUCACCUGUGGACACGAAGAUCGCCACCAUCAAACCUCGUCCCUCCAGUCGCUGCCUGGUCACUCCCACCGACAUGAACUCCAUGUAUCACGACCGCCAGGGAGUAGCAGUGGUGCCGCCCACUGUGCCCGGAGCCUACCUGGGGAUCCCAGAGAAGGGCACCAUGAGGAAGCAGAAGUCUAUAG